UAGUAAAUUGAAAUGCACGACACGACAGGAUAGCAUUAAUUUAUAUGCCACGAGCUUUCAAGCCAAUGAAUCGUUGAACCCUCUAUAGGCUACUUCAAAGUCAACGAUGGCUCGGGAUUCUCUGGUAAGAGUCAAGAUCUCCGUUUUACUGCACAGAGAAUAAUAAAGUCUUUAAAUAUUUUCUCGUGAAGGUCUUGGUAGACCCAGAAAAGCGUGUAUAUUCAGAAUUACAUAACGGAGAAUGAGAAAGCAAAGGUACAACAAUGACGUUUGUGGUUUCAAUUUUAACCUUUGGUAAAUCUAAGUGGCCUGUAUGUUGCAGGCAGACGGAAUUUUAAGGACUCCACCUUCAUUAGUACAUACAAUAAGGGCAAACCCGUGUGAAAUCCCAAAUUCGCACUUUCAUAAUGCCAGGCACAAAGACAAUCGCCAGACACUCAUGGAUUUUCUUGUACGUACUCCUAAUUUCAGCCAUACCCAAUUUGGUUCUUAGAUUAGAAGCCGAUCCCCAAAUUAUAGAGGCCGGUCAUGGCUGUAGUCAGAUUAAGUAUGCAAAUGCCACCGUUUUCAUGAAAAACCUCAACACCGUUUUCUCGCUGCUUGCCAAAAAUAUUUCUUCAACAGGCUUCGCUACGGCUUCAUCCGGGACAGGCAUAGAUGGCGUCUAUGGGAUGGCCCAAUGUAGAAAGGACUUGUCAAUGGAGGACUGUAGUAAGUGCUAUGCAGCGGCCGAAGUUCAGAUUGUUAGAUACUGUCCCGUCGAGAUCGGGGCACGCAUGAUUUUCGACGGAUGUUUUUUGCGUUAUGAGAAUCACACUUUCUUUGAUCAGGCAAUCGAUGCCGGAAACUCCAAUGUGUGCAUCUCUGACUCUUCCUCCCGUCCUGGACUUUUUAAUCAAACUUUGCAGAAUUUGCUUGCGGAAAUCAAAUCUAAGGCUCUCAAAAACGGGGGUUUUGCCACUGAUGAAAUUAGUGUUAAGGGUUUACCGACGACCAUUUAUGGACUGGCUAUGUGUAGGCCAACACUUACCACAAAUAGCUGUGAUGUUUGCCUCCAGCACGCUUCAAAGCUCGUAGAGCGGUGCUUUUCACUGCAGGAUGGAAGGGGUCUCGACGCCGGCUGUUUUCUGCGUUAUUCCACCUAUGCUUUUUUCUCGACUCCUCCUCCUUCCUCAAGCCAUUCGAAGACUGGGGCCAUCUUGGUCGGAACCUUGGGAGGUGCAGCUCUCAUUGCUGUAUUAGGGCUGUUGUUUAUAUUCAGGCACUCUUUUCGAAAGAUGUACACUAAAGUCCCCGGCCGAAGCCAGGAUGAACAAGCAGAGGUAUAUUUUGCUGCCGAAGAAGAUCCUAAGGGGGAUCAUCUAUUUAAUUACGAUUCCCUUCGAGCUGCAACUAAAAACUUCGAUCAAAGUAUGCUACUUGGGGAAGGAGGAUUUGGUAAAGUUUAUAAGGGAAUAUUUAGCGAUGGCCAGGAGGUUGCAGUGAAGAAGCUUUUCGUACAACAGCCGACAGGGGCAUUCGACGGAUUUGUUACAGAAGUGAAGCUCAUUAGCGCCGUUCGUCACCAUAAUCUUGUUCGUUUGCUUGGGUGUUGCAGAAGAGGAACGGAGAAGCUAUUGGUUUACGAAUUCAUAUCAAAUACGAGCCUUGACAAACAUCUCUUUGCGAAUAUAUCCAAACCCCUGAGCUGGAAAGCGCGAUUUGAGAUCAUUUUGGGAACGGCGCAUGGACUUACAUACUUAAAUGAAGAAUCCCCGUUUCGAAUUCUGCACAGGGAUAUCAAAGUCAGCAACAUACUUCUGGGUAAUGACUUUCAGCCCAAAAUUGCAGAUUUUGGACUGGCAAGGCUCUUUCCAGACGACCUGACACAUCUUACUACAAGAGUCGGUGGGACAAUAGGGUAUACUGCGCCGGAAUAUGCUCUUCACGGUCAAUUGACAGAAAAGGUAGAUGUUUACAGCUACGGCAUGCUUGUUCUCGAAAUUGUAAGCGGCAGAAAGUAUAUUGAUCCCAAACUUCCGGCACAGAUGGAACUCCUCCUAGGAUGGGCAUGGAGUCUAUACGAGAAAAAUGAGGCAUUCAGCUUGGCAGAUCCAAAACUAAUCGAGUCAGAUCCGGAGGUGAAUAAAGGAGAGAUAUUAAAGGUAAUCCAGAUUGCUCUCCUAUGCACACAAGGAGCUCCUGAGUUAAGGCCAUUAAUGUCUAAAGUGGUGUCCAUGCUAACAAGCAAUAAAGAAAUUCUGUUUCAGCCCACUCGCCCAGCUUUUAUUGACGACAACUCCACUUCAAAUGGACUGGGUUCUGUUAAUGUAGGAUGGGUGGAAUCCCCAUCGAUAGCAUCAACCGAAGCUGCUCUAUCAAUCACUCUCGAAGCACGUUAAUUACCUAUGGUAAUUAUGGCUGUCUCCAUCCACUAAUCCAGUCCAAACGCACUUAUUACUCCAAUGACGCUUCAUACGCAUUGAUUUCGAUCGAUGUGACUGCCACCGGUUCAGCUUGUUUCUUCGUGCAUAUGUGUCCACUUUAAAUAAUUUUUCUUUCUCUGUAUUCAAACUUGGCCCCCUUUCAGUCCAAAUCAAUGUGCUGUGUCGUAAUGGCGUGUUCAGACGGAACAAUUUCAUAUAAAUAUUGAGUAAUUGUAAAUAUCUUGAAAUCA